AACAACAAAACCUGCUCCUCAUCUCGAUGGUGUACAUGUUGUCUUUGGACUGGUUAUUUCUGGGUUUGAAGUGAUAGAACAAAUAGAAAAUCUGAAAACCGAUACUGCAAGUAGGCCCUAUGCAGAUGUACGAGUGAUUGACUGUGGGGUGCUUGUUACAAAAUCAGCAAAAGAUGCUUUGGAGAAGAAGAAAAAAGUAUGUUCUGACUCAGAAGCUUCAGACUCCUCCUCCAGUGCAUCAAGCUCUUCAGAAACGUCAUCUGAAAGUGAAGCUGAAAAUGAAAGAAGCAGAAGAAGAAAGCGUAAAAGAAGAGCUAAAACCAAGCAAUCAAGAAAACGAAGAAAGGAAGAAAGGAAGAAAGAGGAUCCAAGGUGCAAGCGAACCUCGAACCAAAGACGCAGCCUUUCUGACAAGAGUGAUAUAACAGAAAAAGCAGUCGAUGUUAGCACAAAGAGGGACAAACCUGUGGUACGUCCUGAAGAAAUUCCCCCAGUGCCUGAAAAUAGAUUUUUGCUGAGAAGAGAUGUGCCUGUUGUCAAUGUAGAACCUGAACCGAAGCUUCUUGAUGCUGCGCCAGUUCUGGCUGACCAGAAACCAUCGGUCUCCAAAUCUGGACGAAAAAUCAAAGGAAGAGGCACAAUACGAUAUCACACCCCACCUCGAUCACGAUCGUGUUCUGAAUCCGAUGAUGAUGAAAGCAGUGAGACCCCUCCUCACUGGAAAGAGGAAAUGCAGAGAUUGCGAACGUACAGACCACCUAGUGGAGAAAAGUGGAGUAAAGGGGAUAAGUUGAGUGAUGCGUGUACAAGCAGAUGGGAUGAAAGAAGCGCGUCCCGGAGAUCGAGAUCUUGGUCACAUAACGGUUAUUCUGAUCUAAGUACUGUGAGAUACUCUAGUCAUCACAAAAAGCACAGAAAAGAGAAAAAGAAGGUGAAACAUAAAAAGAAAUCUAAAAAACAGAAGCAUUUCAAGAAGCACAAGCAAACAAAAAAAAAGAAAACAUCAGCCUCAUCGGAUGUAGAAUCCUCUCAUUCCUUCCUCAGGAGGACAAAAUCGUCUUGUGAUCGUGAGAGGAAAUCUCGUUCUUCUUCGUUGUCUUCUAGACAUUCAUCCAGACGAGACUGGUCUAAAUCUGAUAAGGAGGACCAGAGCUCAUCGACUUUAUCAAGCAGAGGGACUCGAUCAUACUACAGGUCCAGGUCCAGAUCCAGAUCUAGGUCUAAAUCAAGAUCUUAUUCCCGAAGAAGUUCUAGAUCAAGGUCAGCCUCUAAAUCAUCACGUUCUCGAAGCAGAUCAAGGUCAAGUUCUAACCCUAGGCAUCAAAAGACAGUUUCCAAUUCUCCACGAAACAUUUCAACGCGGUUGAAUGAAAAUAAGUUGAACAAGACUGCUGAGCCUGUGAGAGCAGUCAUACUCCCGAGUGAUAAAGUUGUCAUACCACCAGUUGUCCCAGAAAGCCUCCCUGUUAUACCCUUAAGUGAUAGCCCACCGCCUUCAAGGUGGAAACCUGGGCAGAAACCGUGGAAGCCAUCUUACGAGCGGAUUCAGGAAAUGAAAGCUAAAACCACCCACUUAAUACCCACGCAAACCAGUUACAAUUUAGUAGUGGUUAAAGAGGUUAACCCUUCUUCCUCGUAUCACAAGCGACAGAGGAGUUCAGAUAGCGAUCGAAGCGGUUAUUCCAAGUGUCGGAGCGAGAGAAGCUCAGAUAGUUGGCUGAGAUCGAGGAGCAGGUCCUCUCGAAGUAGGUCGUACUCAAGAUCUUACACGAGAUCCAGAAGUCCAUCUAGCUCGAGGACAAAAUCGCGUUCCUCGGGCAGAUCACCAUCACUGAGCAAAUACCGCAGUGACAGGUCAGGUUAUAGCGAGUCAACGUCUUACUAUUCCCUUAGUGAUGACGAUAAACACAGAAACAAAAGAAAAUCAGCAUCAGGUGAUCAAAAAGCUCGGUCCCUUAAAGCGAGGCAAGAAACGAGCUCUGAAAGUACUGUCCCUUACAAGUGUACAAAAGACUACGAUGAGUCUUCUCAAGGACUGAAAGAGAGCGACAGUUUAUCAUCUUCAGACUUCUCUAGUGACAGCGAGCAUUCAGCCAAAAGGAAAGCAGUCCAAGAAAAAGAAGGCCGGUUUCAAUUAGGAGGAGAUACUCAGAAACAGGAUAAAAAUAGUUUAAGUUCUGAGAGAGGGGAGGAGAAACCCAAGCGCGAGCGGGAUUCUGAUCACGCUACAAAGAAGGCGGCGAAGGAGAAAUCUGCUGAGCAGCCUAGAGGUGGUGCGAAAACGAAACGAAAAUCCUAUUCGGGCAGUAAAUGGGACUCUGAAUCCAAUUCCGAAAGAGGAGAGGCAAGGCAUAAUAGGGGAGAUUCCAGACCCUCCUCCGGCAAAGAAGAAGGAGAGGCCACAUCGGGAUCUGAUACGGAGCGUAGCGUUCCCAAAAGGGUAAAAAAGCAAUCAAAUCCUUCAGAAGGCUGUCUGGAUUCUGAGUGUACGUGGCAGGCGAGCAAACAGCUGUCGUCUUCUGAAUCCGACAGUUCUUGUUGUAGCUCGACAAACGUGAGAGGAAAGUCAAAAAAACACAAACAUGGAUCGAAAAAACCUCUUAAAAAAUCCCAUUCCAAAAAAGCAAAAGAGAAAUCGAAAGGGAAAAAGGAAAAGAAACACAAAGUUCAGAAAAGAAAAGAAACGUUUCAUUGGCAGCCCCCCCUGGAGUUUGGGGAAGAAGAGGAAGAUGAGGUCAAUGAAAAGCCGGUUACCAAGGAUGAUAAGAAAGAAAAGCAGCUUAUGAGGGACAUGAAGGAUAAAACCCAAGUUUAUGAAAAGGAUGAAAUAGUUAAAGUGGGAAAUGGUGACAAGUCUUGUGUGGAUGAAAACCUUUUGGGUAAAAACACUCCAUGCAGUGCCUCACCGGAGCGCGGCGACCUCAAUAAAGAUGGCCUUGAAACCAACGCUCCAACCGGUGUUUUAAACUCAGGAAUAAGCGUGACUGCUUGCAAGAGCGAGCUGAAACAAGCUGAGGAAAGUAACCAGAACGGGUUGGAGGACGUUAUUCAGACAGAUGACAACAUGGAGAUUUGUACUCCAGAUCGUAACUCACCGGCGAAGGUGGAUGUGGACGUCUUGUCUCCUGUCCUUCUCACCGCGAAACCUCAGGCUUUAAGUGCUAGUAUAAACAAAGAUGUGCAGGUUGAGACCCCUGGACAAGACGCUGUCAAACUAGGAAACAGUAUUAUAGACUUUAUUAAUAUUAAAGAAGAAAAAGAGACGGGAAGGCCAGAAAAUAGCUCCGUCCCUGUGUCUAGUGCUAAAGACUGUAGCUUAAAAAGUGAGAUUGCUGAAAAUACACAAAGCAGCGUGAUAGAUAAUAAAUGGAAGCCUUUGCAAGGUGUUGGUAACUUACAAGCAGCUGCAGUUAGCGCUGCUGCAGAAGUUAAGAACGUAGCGUCAGCACCAGAGCCUAAACCAGCAGGUUUAAGAAUUGAAAUAAAAGCUAAGAAUAAAGUAAGGCCUGGGUCUCUGUUUGAUGAAGUUAGAAAAACAGCCCGGCUAAAUCGAAGGCCAAGGAACCAGGAAAGUUCCAGUGAGGAAGAAUCUCCAAGUAGAGAUGACAAUAGCCCGUCCAGGAGUCUCAGCAGGUCACGGAGUAAAUCGGGAUCGAAAUCCAGACACAGGACAAGAUCGGUGUCUUACAGCCACUCGAGAAGUCGAUCCCGAAGUUCUACCUAUUCAUACAGGUCAAGAAGCUACACAAGAAGCCGAAGCAGAGGAUGGUACAGUAGAGAUCGGUCAAGAAGUCGAAGUAGUUCCUACCACAGUUACAAGAGCCGUAGUCGAACCUACAGCAGAAGUAGGUCCAGAAGUAGUUCUUAUGGUCAUCACAGUCGAUCCAGUAGGUCCUACACGUACGAUAGUUACUAUAGCAGAAGUCGAAGCAGAAGUAAAAGGAGCGACAGCUAUCGGAGAUCUAGAAGUUAUGAUCGGCGAUCCAGAUCUUACGGCUCUGACAGCGAAAGUGAUCGCAGCUACUCAAACAAUCGAAGCCCCAGUGAAAGCAGCAGAUACAGCUGA